AAAUGGCCGCAUCGGGAGGAAAUAUUGAGUGGUCUACUACAGUAAAACCAAUAUUAACGGCACUUUACGGCCCAUUUUUCGACAAAAAUGACCCCGUAGAAAUAAUACAAGCCGUGAUCCAAUGCGAAAGCGAGUUUCAAAACCAUGAUGAUGCUAAUGAUCUAUUCUACACAUGCUUUGCAUGUCUCUCAGCACAUUUUAUCAGCAUCAAUGCCAAUAAUUUGCCAGCUGACCAACUCAGCGCAGCUCGCGAUGCAGCAAGAAUUAUACUUGGACAAAUUAUUAAGAAGCUCUCAGAAGCUGGAUUGAGCUAUGAUGAUGCAACCAAUACCAACACCGCUGCACCUAAUGUUUCUGUUAAGCAGCUCCUUCUCCCAAUUGUGGGCUUGUGCGGAAUCGAUGGUGGAGGGCUUACACAAUCUGACCUUGUUAUAUUGACGUCUCUACUUAAAAGUGCGAAGUUGCCUACUAGUGUCAAUUCAGCAGAAACGCAAGCCUCAAAAUCAUCUGUUAUUCCAAGCCCCAUUACAUCGCUGGCAUCUCAAACAACUACCACAGAAAAGCAAGCCCCAUCAAAUGCCCAACGCAGAUCAGAUGCAUUACUUGAACAAUUGACUAUGCCCUUGAGGAAUCCAGUGUCAUCAACGGCACAGACACACACAGUAGCAGGUGUCAUGACUCCCGGAAGCAAAGAUAGUUUGGAAAGCACGAAGGACGGGAACGCCUCUCAACAGGCUUCAAUAGAUAUGAAGAAGUGGAUGGCAUCUACGUGUGCAUCUUUACUAAUGGAGCUAAGAGCUGGCUCCGUGGUGCUCAAGGUGUGCUCAUCCCUGCCCUGCCUACAGAGAUAUCUCAACCGUUGGCAGAAUGCCAAGGAGAGUGCUAUAUCACCACAGUUCAACUCUGAUGUCACACUCCUUCAUUUCCUGGUGAACGAAGUGCACGUGUGCCGACUUGCGCUGUCGCUGCCCUGCCUCGAGCCGUUCACGCCGGAGCGAAUUGCCGCCCUCAGCGACGUCGCGACCGCUUGGCUUCUGUGCUGCGCUACAGCACAGGCCUCUCUCCACCCGAAGGACGAGGAGAGUGAGCAACAGACGGCGGCACUAGUGGAAAGUGCACUCAGUCUUUACAACACUGUUGGCGAGACGUUCAAACAGUCUACGCGCGCAGGUGGCUACGUGUAUCAAAACCACCUGAUGAUCGGCGCCUGGGUUCUGCUCUGCGGAUUGCACCACGCGCUGACCGGCGCGCCCGGCCCCGCUGCGCCAAACAGCCCCGCCAAGCUGCCCGCCAGGCCCUACAACCUCACUAAGAUGCAACAAGGUCUAAGUGUGGUGUGGGUGGCCCUAGGCGGUCGUUGCCUCGCAUGGACGGGCGUGUUACUGUCGGACGCGCGUCUGGAAGCAUUAAGCACGUCGAACAUUAACACGUCAACGUCCGCCAUUCCCGCACCGCUGCAGAUCUUGGCGCACCACACGGCCCACCAGAGGGAGCUACGGCUCGCCUCCGCAGCACCGUUGCAUCAGUUGCUGAUGGCGUUAGGCGUGGUGUGUUACCGCAAGGCGACGCACCUGAAGCGUGCGGUGGUCCAGAAGCAGCACCAGGACGCCGACCCAGACCGAUCGGACUCCACUGUUUACUUCCAGGACAUGAUACUCUGCUCUGAGGAUUCCGAAACCGACGACGAAGACAGCGAACCACUUUUCGGACUAUGGUUCGAAUCAACGCUUGUCGCACCCGACGCACUCGACAACUGCUUGACUCGAGCGGGAGCUAGCGAAAAUAAUGAAGUUAAUGACAACAACACGCGACCGAGCCAGUCCAUCGUGCCGGACAAAGCUGAACCGUAUUCUUACAUAACAUUAGCUACCGAUGUAUUCAACCUCCUGACCGAGGAAAUUAUUAACGAAGACUCUGAGAGGCUGGGGCCUUCGGCGCAGCAACUUCACGAAGCGCACACUGCGUUGCUAGCCGCACUUGCUAAAGACUUGGAUAGGGAAACCGCAAGAACUGAUACUGGUACGAUCUCCUCGUGUUUCGGACCUCGCCUGGGCUCGCUAUAUGCAUCAUUUAGCUCUGCCCUCGUGCGAUACUUGCAUAACCUAAGUGGUGCGCCCGCGUUCGCGUCUCUACAGGUUUCUUUGCAGCAACAUUUGCUUGCCACCGGUUCCGAGAGAAACAACACCUCGAGUUAUUCAUCACCGCUGCAGAUUGGUCCACGCGUGGUGAAAUUGCUCGGCAGCAUGGUUCUCAGCAAGGCUGCAGCGGACCGAGAAAACAGUAUCUUGUUAAUGUGGCACAAAAUUGUUAACACGCUGCAAGAGUGUGCUCUACAGCCCCAGCCCAGUCAGGAUCACGAUUAUGAAGAUUUGAAUGUUGAACAUGCACAACUUCUUGUGUAUUUAUUCCAUUCUUUAACUUUGAUGCAGAAGAAGUCUGUACUGCUUUUGACAGCAAAUGCCAUCGUUAAGGUAGCGGACACACUUGGAAUAAGUGAUCGAAAACGCGCAAUGAAUUUAGCGCCACACCAAUUGAUGCUGACUACUAGACUUAUGCUCUUACUGGAGUACCUUAUGAGACAUCUUUAUGAUGCUCCACAGACUUUGUUACAACAGAUUGAAUGGAAUUUGGUGAUAGCUCCAGGCUUGGCCCAACCCUCGCCUGAUACGAACAACACAGGUGUGAAGACUACGUCAGAUAACGGAGAGUUAAAGUCGCGCAUCUAUUGCGACGUACCAUACGUAGAAGAGGCGUACAGACGACUGUCACAAGACGAUUCCUCUAUGAGACCCAAGUUCUACGCACUUACCAAUGCUGAGAUUAACAACCAGGAGAAUCCAAAACUCGACGGACUGGCCAGCAACUUUGUUUUGGGCACACCUCACAAGCUCAAAUACCCAUUAUUGCUGGAUGCGCUACUUUCGCUAUUGAACUCCGCCUGCCUGUGCGACAACCCACAAUACAAUUCCUCGACGCCUGCGCUUGCGGCGGCGCAUUAUUGCUUCCAGACGGCCUGGCGGUUGGUGAUAAGCAUGCCCCCAGCUACACCACACAUGGACAAAUUACAAGAAGGUAUCGCCGCGGAACUUCCUUCCCCUUUGCCUUUACACGCACUCAUAUGGGCGCCGCGUGCUGAUAACAAGAAGGUGUUCAACCCGUGGUUGAAGGACGCACUUGUUAAACAGGGAAUGUACACACAGUAUGCAGAAAAUCUUCUAGCUGGAGUGAGUGCAUCGUGUAACAAUAUCAAGUACACAGCUUGGCUUGCUUCCGAGACUAUUAAACAUCUUAAACAAAACAUUAACGCAAACGGACUGCCUUCACUCAUUGACGUCAUUUCCUGUGACUCUGCUUUAGUGAGAUUGAAAGUGUGUCUCGUAGACUCGUCCUCUGCAUCCGAAGCGCAUCAAUUUAUGCCAGAUUUACUGGAAUUGCUCGAGACAGUACUGGAUUGUUGUCGCCUUAGCGCCAGUAUGGAAUUGGACAUGGAGAGUUCGGCCAACCCGUCCGACAGCGCCGUCGCAACAGUUCAGCUACAAGUGUGCGCUACGAUGGGACCGGCCCUCGCCAUUGGCUCCGACGACGCGCCGCCAGUACUGGGCACAUUGCUGAAGCUACCGACUAACAUAGCUACAGUGAUUACGAUAUUUUCACCUCCGCCUCUCGCGUGUAUAGACCAGUCGUUCUACGCGUCCCACAUCAUACCGUCGGAAAGUGCGGUACUAACUCUUAUAACAUCCCACUGCGAGCUCAUGAGCAGUAUGCGUAGAUACUCCAUGGGCACAUCGCUUAUGAUGCUCGCGUACUCCGCGGCGAAACUUCUAGAAGUCGGCUCUGGCAAGCUGGCAGAUAGCCCGACUCUUACGCAAAAAGCCUUGGAUUUAAUUGUUCCGGCUCUGACGGACGGGCGUCUAGAGUUCCUCGUCGAGCCAUUGAGUGAUACAAUAGUCGCGCUGGUGCCGCAGUCGAACAAAGCGGAGCAGUUAAUACACGAACACAUAUUGAAGACAACGUACACCGUGCUCGUGGACCAUCUACAACCGUCGACGGAAAAGAUUUUACGGCAAAUGGUGAAAUACUGGGAGAAGAUUCUUGAUCGCCCUGCGGGACGCGCGGCGUACGAAAAUGUAUUCGCUGACAAUAGUGGAUACGCACUCGGAAAGAUUUUACUAUCUGCUACGAAUGCAAAUUCUCUUUAUACUGAGAGGGUUAUCAAGCUAUUUAUCAAGAUUUUCACCGGAUGUGACGAUUCAGAGCAGAGCAGCCCUCUUUGCGUGUCGGUUUGCACAUUCCUUGGAGUUGCGGAUCAACAGAAAUUGCUCGAGCUACUUGCUCAUAUUUGUUUGGUAACACCAGCUACAUCAACAAACGGAAACGUCGCCACGGCUAAUGGUUCUCCAACGGAAACGGAAAUCCCAACGCCAACAACAUCCGCCCCGGAGGCUGGAACCAACCCCGCGUCGCUUGCCCUCAGAAAUGCGUUGCGGUCUGUCUUCCGCACUGAUAAUGAAGCUGCGAGGAACGAUAACGGAAACCGGAAUGAACAGGACCUACCCGUGUUUGAUGCCCCAUCACCAGCACCUAGAGCUCAGACUGAAUCCAUGCAAGGAACCACCGGGUCAGGUAAAGAAACAUGCAGCUGGUCGGAAGGCAGUAAAGAGAAUGUCCCUGCACAGCAACCCGUUCUCGAUAACAUAAACACUUCUUCGCUUGGCGACACUAGUAACGAUAAUGCAAACUUGCUUACUUUGCUCUGCAAGCACAUUGUGCGUCACGGAGGUGAAAAGGUGUGCGAGCGUAUGGUGGGAGCACUGACCAGCGUUAGCGGUGACACGUGCAAUCCGCUGUUACUGCGUGAGCUAUGCCGAUUGGCCGACGCGCACUCGGGAUCUGAUCACCGCCAUCUUUUCCCUGCCGCUAUAAACUGGCUAUCCACAUGUGUGGAGAACUUGAGCAGUGCAGAUGUUUUGGAGAAGUUAGAAGAAGGGCAAUUGGAUAGCAACCUAACUUCUAAGAUCGAAUCGGCAUGCGUCCUACUUUCCUACCUCACUGAUGCCUUGCACGCAAUUGGAACAGCUGAACCACACACUUGGCGUUCAGUGAGCCCAACUUGGGAGGCGCCAUCUGAUCUUGGAUUUGAAUUUGACUACACAGAUGAACAACAAGAUGAUGACGAUACAAGCGCUGACGAUUCUGAUGAGGACGCCAUGCUGCAAUAUAGACUAUGCACAUUCACGGUGACACAGCGUGAAUUCAUGAACCAACAUUGGUACCAUUGCCACACGUGCAAAAUGGUGGACGGUGUUGGCGUAUGCACGGUUUGCGCUCGCGUCUGUCACCGCGGGCACGAUGUCUCGUACGCCAAGUUCGGCAAUUUCUUCUGCGACUGUGGUGCCAAGCCCGAUUCAAGCUGCCAAGCGCUAGUUAAACGCUCAGUUACGCUCGGCGGUGUUCGCGGUGCUACAGGAGGGUCAGAGGAUACUCCUCCCGCGCCCUCUAUCCGUCGUCGGCCAUCGAGCCCCACCCCACCUACCCUGCUCUCGCCUCCGCGUCGUCCUGUAUUGGCGCAUAACAUUCAAGGAUGUCGCUCGUUCCUGCUCUCCUACAACAACUGGGGUCCGUGUCUUGAACGUGUCAGGCGUUUAUUAGGAUCUUUAGCGGGCCCAGUGCGUGCUGCGUGCGAACGCGGUGCGGCCGUUGGGGCUCACGGUCGAGCUCAGCGUGCACUAGCUCAGUUACAUCUGGGCGAGAAGCGCUUCACACAUAUAGACUCACUCAUGGUUCCAACACUUGGUUCGCAAGAAGGCGCAUUCGAGAACGUGCGCAUGUCAUACACCGGUGAGAAUGGACAGACAAUACGGCAACUGAUGUCCGCGCACAAACUGCGUCGCGUUGCUAUGUGCUGCCUCGCGUCACCACAAGGCAGAAGGCAACAUCUUGCUGUAUCACAUGAAAAAGGAAAAAUCACAGUACUCCAGCUAUCCACGCUACUCAAGCAGGCCGACUCAUCAAAGCACAAGUUGACUUUAACGCGACUGUCAUCUGCUCCUAUCCCGUUCACUGUGCUGAGUCUCAGCGGAAACCCUUGGAACGAGGAUCUACUGGCUGUAUGCGGCUUGAAAGAAUGCCAUGUGCUUACAUUCAACAGUGGUGGUGCCGUGGCCGACCACCUAGUGUUAAACGCUGGACUGGAAGCAAACAACUACGUUAUAAAAGCGAUAUGGCUGCCGGGAUCACAGACGCAGCUGGCGCUCGUUACAUCUGACUUCGUCAAGAUAUUCGACCUUAGCAAGGACCUAAACAAUCCCAUGCACCACUUUCUUGUGCCCAGUGGAAAGGUGCGAGAUGUAACGUUCGUGAACCAGGAAGAUGUAAUGCACAUGCUGUGUAUGAGCUCAGCCGGUCACAUUUACUGGCAGCCCAUGACCGAGGAGUCACGAGCAACCUUGGGCACAUUCUAUGUGACGAAUACGCUUGAAGUUUUACACCCUGAAAUACAGGACGUCGCCGGUCUAGUUGGUAGUGGUGGCGUAUCUAUUUACUACUCGCACACACUCAAGAUAUUGUUCUUCUCGUACGCUCAAGGCAAGAGCUUCCUCGCUCCACUGAAUACUGUUGAAGAUAGUGUGAAAGGUACGGCGAUGAUAACCCUAUCGGCGGCUGCCACUCAGAAGGAAGGCGGGCGCGGUAAACAAGGCGUUCAGUCCCUAUGCCAAUGGGCUGAAGUUCCCGGUCACCCCGGACUCGUCACCGCGGUCAUGCAGGCCUCGAAUAAUCCAGUUGUACUCAUGCUGACCCCUAACAACAUACACGUGCAGGAAAUCAAGGUGGUGCCAGCGAAAGCGAAGAUAACCGACAUGGUAGCAGUACGACACUGGUGCGGCGGGGGCGGUGAACAAAAAAGCACGCUCAUUCUGCUCUGCGAGGACGGUAGCCUUCGCAUGUAUGCGGCCAGUGCGGAACAGACCGGCUACUGGCUCUCUCCGGCAAUACAACCGGUGCAUGCGCCCAGACGAAAGCCUAGACUUAUGACGCAUCAUUCUAAAGGAAAAGCGCAACAGGUGGUUAUAAAAUCAAACUCGAACGGAACACCACAGUUCCCUAUUGACUUCUUCGAGCACUGUGUUGCUAUGAGCGAUAUAGAAUUCGGUGGCAACGACCUACUACAAGUAUACAACACAGCUCAGAUUAAACACAGGCUCAACACAAACAGUCUAUAUGUAGUAUCUACUAAAAUGACUGGCUUUGUGAUGGACAUAUCAAAUUCUGAUCCUAACAUGGUAAUAUGCGGGAUUCGGGUUUUGCUCGGCAGCCAGGACGUGGCUCGAACACCUACUUACGUAGAGAUAUAUGGAAGAUCCAUCACAACGAAUGUGGUCAGAAGUCGUUGGUACGACAUACCGCUCACUCGUGAGGAAUCGCUUCAGUCAGAUAAGAAGCUAGUCGUUACUUUCGGUCCUUCUGCAGACCCCGAUGGAGUUACUAUGGUUGACUCUGUAAAAGUUUACGGCAAAAACAAGGAACAGUUUGGAUGGCCGGAAGAAAAUGAAGAUCCCACAGCUUGUCCUUCAUCUAGCAAAGUUGCACAGGAGUCUGAUAGCGGCAAUGGUGGUUGGAAUCCAAGCUCCCUUGAGCGCCUAGCGUGCUCGGCUUUAGAAGCUCUAGAGCUCGGAGCCAACGCACCAUCUAACACGGGUGCGGCAGUCGGCGCUGAGGCGGGUACUGAGGCCGCACGCAAGUUGCUAUGCGCACCCUCAUCUGCGCACUUGCACGCACGGGCUCAAUGUUUACUGCGUGCAGUGUACCAAUCGCAGUACCAUCAGUUCAAGGACCAAGCAAUCAUUAAAUACGUGUGUACGUCGCUGCGCGAGUUGCGCGAUACUGCAGAUGCCCGUAACAUCGACCCCGAAGCGUACUUCCGACUGGUGCUAUUAGCGCGUGGUGUUGCUGUGGCACGACCGCAACAUCUUGUAAAGUUCAGCGCAACCACGCCUUCUAAACCAGCUAAUGGUGACUGGUCUGUUCUAUGGAAAGGCGAUAACCAAGAUGAACCAGGCAAGGAGCCUCAUUUAUGUGCCCUACUGAUCAGUGUGCUAUGGAAAUUGGCGGCUUGCCGCAGCCAAACUGCCGGUCCUCCUGGAAUCCUGUCAUAUGGACUGCGUCAUGUGGAGCACACGUUGCACGCUUUGGCCGAUACCAUUCAUGCAUUCCAGUUGAACUCUGACUCCGAUUGUGUCGAUUUUGGCAAUCAAAUCUAUUUGUCGUUGCUGUUAGCGGAGGAUCAGAUCAUUAGCUUUGGUGCCAAGGGAGCACUCAUGAGAGUCUUACGUCCGCGAGUUAAAAGGCGACGUGUAUACAUACCAUCACCUCCGAAUACUCCAGGUGCCGUAUCGUCAGUUACAACUGCACAGCCAGCAGGCUCGGUCACAGAAGCCGCUGUUUCGGAAUCUGACCUCAGUGCCAAUCGUGAGGAGCAGCAGGAACAAUACAUGGAUGUGGAUGACUCUCUUGAACCUAUGGUGUUGUUAGCACCCGAUGGAGGUCUCGAAGCUCUACUAGAUAUACCAGCAGACGCUGACGAUGAAACAAUGGUGGAGUUGGCGAUCGCGUUGUCCCUACAAGAGCAGGGCAGACGGGCUCCACACGCGCCCGCACCCCCUCCCCCCGCACAGCCCUCGCAGCCGCCCGCACACUCUUCGCACUCGGCGCCCGCGUACAGCGACGCAACCGCUUCUCCCAAUGGAUCUGACGACGAAGGCAGCACAGCAGCUACAGACGGAAGCACUCUGCGUACGUCACCAGCUGAAGUGGGCGGAUCUGCGGCCUCCGACAGUGGUGGAUCAGCUGCAGAGAGCAUUGGCGGCGUUUCUGGACGUAGCAGUGCUUACGCAGGUCCAUCAGGCUCCUCACAGCCCGUGGCAUCGACAUCCCGCACGAUGGAAGUAGAAAACGAGACACGCAAACUUCACUCGCUACGUCUGACUUUACUAUCGACAGCCCUCGAUGCGUUGCCUACUCUGAGGACCUUGCCUGGUGUGCGCGCUAUACCGUUUGUACAGGUUGUACUUAUGCUCGCUGGCGACCUUGACUCGAGCGUCGAAACUGAUCGUGUGGUACUUGAGCGUCUGCUGGACGUGUUAGUUGAAGAACUGAACAUCCAGCCCGACGAGGGUUCAAGUAGCGAGAGUGCGGAGAGGCGGGAGUUGCAGCUAGCGAUUAUGAGGCUCGAACUUUUAGUUUCCGAGUUGGACGCCCAGACCGAAGAGCAUUCACCGCCUGUACACGAACGCACUAAUAGGCGAGAACUGCAGCUUGUUAUCAUGCGUCUCCUCAGUGUACUAAUGGCCCGUUGGAAGAAUGGCAGUUCGAGUGGUUCGGGCCACACGAGCAAUCGCGGGGAACCUUCUGGAUCUGGAUGCGCUGCACAGGUGUCGCGUCUGGCCGCAGCCGCUCUGGUUAAAGCCGCUGCACCGAAGCAUUGCUACAAUGUUCUCGCCGCACUACUGCCGUACUGGAAAGAGAAGACUGCCAGCACUGGCACAAUCACAACAGGACAGCAAUUGUUGAAACCUCAGCCGUCGCAACCUUUGCCGGACAUGCAACCAUUCUUUGUUAAAGAAUAUGUUAAAAGCCACGCUCUGGAUGUGUUCGACAAUUAUCCUCAGCUGGUUAUGGAGAUGGCACUACGUCUGCCCUGCCAGAUCUAUAAGCAUUGCGACCCGAAACAUUUCGAUGAAAACUGGCGUACUCUGCUCUGCGAGUAUAUGAUGAACCAGCAGACGCCAUUAAGGAAACAAGUGCGCAAGUUGUUAUUGCUGCUCUGUGGCACGCGCGACCGUUACCGCCAACUGAGAGACGUGCACGCACUCGACACGAACCUGAAUGCUGCACGCGCUUUACUCGGCUCUGAUCCAGCUUAUGAUAAGCUGGUGCGACUAAUGGAUCACCUGAAGGCUUGCGCGGAAAUCGUAUCAGCGCGUACUGGCAACUGGCAGCAUACAUGCUGCACGGAGCGUCGCGAAACACUCGGAUGGCUAGUGAAGUCCGCCCGCCGUCUGCACCCACACGUGGCGCCUACAGUACUGCAAUUACUGCAAGCUGCGUUAUGUGCACCUUUGCCGAGCCCCCCUCCCGUGCAGCCCUCCACUACUCCCCCGACGCCUGCGCCUCAAAAGCCUGCACAGGAAAAGACUUCUUCGGAAUGGCCGGAACGUGAAAGAAGCACUGAAAGCGACUUCGUAUCAGACAUCUCCAAGUUCCAGGAGCAGAGAGUACCGCAACUUGUGCAGCAAAUACUCCAACAGGUGUCCCAAGAGGAAUUAAAUUUGUUCGUAAAAGCGUUCCUUCUUGAGACAAAUUCCACGGCAGUUCGAUGGCAAGCACACGCGUUGCUACUUGCAAUUUACAACAAUUGUUCGCAAACAGAGCAAGCAGAGCUGGUUUCACUUUUGUGGGGCUUAUGGCCUACAUUGCCGCAGUAUGGACGCAAGGUCGCACAAUUUGUAGACUUACUCGGCUACUUCACGCUUAAGACACCUAACAUUGAUACAGAGAACUACAUCGGCAACGCAGUAGAACUUCUGCGUAAUCAGAACAAACUGCUUUCUUCUCAUGGCAAUGCCGCGUUGUACGCUGCACUCGGCGCGUAUGUCGAACUGGAUGGUCACUAUCUGGAAUCCGAGCCGUGCCUUGUUUGCAACAACCCCGAGGUUCCUAUGACGUCUAUCAAACUGCCUACUAUAAAGAUCGACUCGAAGUUCACGACGACGACACAAAUCGUCAAGUUGGUCAACAGCCACAUGAUCAGUCGCAUCAACCUACGCAUUGGAGACAUCAAGCGUAGCAAGAUGGUGCGCACCAUUAACUUCUACUACAACAACAGAACCGUACAAGCAGUGCAAGAGCUGAAGAACAAGCCUGGAAUGUGGCACAAAGCCAAACGUGUCCAGCUACAAUCUGGGCAAUCGGAAGUACGAGUCGAGUUCCCAUUACCGAUAGUCGCCUGUAACCUCAUGAUGGAAUAUGCUGAAUUCUACGAAAAUCAACAAGCUACAGGUGAAUCUUUGCAAUGUCCGCGUUGCUCUCAGUCAGUACUGGCGAAUCCCGGUGUUUGCGCCAACUGUGGUGAAAACGUGUUCCAAUGCCACAAGUGCCGGGCUAUAAACUACGAUGAAAAAGAUCCUUUCCUAUGCCACGCGUGCGGUUUCUGCAAGUACGCCAAGUUUGACUACACCUUGUUAGCUCGGCCUUGCUGUGCGGUCGAUACAAUUGAGAACGAUGAAGAACGGAAGAAGAUGGUGCAGACCAUAGGAACGCUGCUCGAUAAAGCUGAUCGAGUCUACCGGCAGUUGUCUAUGAACAAACCUGUGCUUGAGUCAUUAGUGCACAAGAUCACUGAACACAGAAUCGAAGGCCGUCCGGACGAAAAUAGUAAUGGAGGAAGCGGCGCGUUCGGUGGUGCACACAUAAACCGUGUCAUACAGACUCUCGCGCAUAAAUACUGCGUCGAGAGCAAAGGGCAUUUCGAGGAUCUAUCUAAGAUCAUACAGAAAGUAUUGGCUUGCAGGAAAGAAUUAGUGGCCUACGACAGGUCUCAGAGUGAACAACAUAAAGAAGACACUUUACCUGUGUAUGCCGGUCUUCUACAGAAUUACGAUGGUGACGUUACUAAAGAUAGUGGCGGACCUUGCUACGGAUGCUCGUUGGCAUGUGCGGAGCAAUGCCUUACGCUACUGCGGGCUCUGGCGUCGCAACGCGAGCAUCGCGCGCGCCUCUGCCGGUUCGGUCUCGUGCACGAGCUCGUGCAUCAUAACCUACAUCGCGGCACACCACAGAGUCAAGACGAGGUCCGCUCUCUAAUCUGCUUGGUUACUCGUGACAACCUACCAGAGACUGAACAUUUAUGCAACCUACUGUCACAGAGAAUAACUCUUUCGCUUAUGGGUCACGCAGCAUCGCAGGACCAUAAUAAUUCUGUGCGACCUCUUGUACUAUUACUGGGUGCGCUGGUCCAAGUACAAGAUUCUAUUGAAUGUUGGGAAAUUCGAUUGCGCUGUACUGUGAAGCUAUGGGUGUGGUGCUGUCCUCAACUGUCGGAAAUGGUGGGGAUACCACCGGCAGCUAAUGACAUUCUAAAACCUGAAGUUUUAGCCGGGAUACCAGGCAUAAAUACCUCUUCACCAAAUUCCCACCAGUUCGCACUUCAACAAGUUGCAUUGCCAUGCUUACGCUACAUGCAGGAUAUGUUAGGGCCGGUCACCCCCGCUAUCACUGUGCCCGUUGCGAUCCCCGCGCCAUCUAAUGAAGAACAGGCCACGGAUGCUAAGAAGGAAACCCAAGCAAAAACACAAGCCGCGCCAAGAAUCCAGCUUACGACUACUACUGCUAACAUAGUGGUAGACUUAUCUGACUGGCUCGCGGGCAAAGUGCCGCACAAGCAGUGGAGGAAACUGGUGUCCACGACUGUGAUACCACCCGCUGAUACCACACUACCGCCGCGCGACCUCCAUCUCGCGCACAAGUACGUCGGCAAGUGGAAAGAAAAGAUGCUUCUGGCGAAUGGCAUGCGCCCGUUGGCGCUAGACGAGGGUGGAUGGCUUCGGCCCGUUAUUUUCGACCCGAGCUCGCGUAUGGCUCGAUUUACUGCUUGCCAUAUGGUGAAGUAUCUUUGUAACACCUACGAGAGAACUAAGGCGGUCUUGCUACUGCUGACGAGUUUCUUACCGGAAAUUGGAGUCGCAGGAGAGUCGAGCGAGCAGUUCCUCGAAUUAUAUCAAAGUUUAGUUAAAGAACCUCCAUGGAAACAAUUCCUAGCAUUGCGUGGUGUCCUGCAACAAAUAGCCGAUCUAAUGACCAAAGAAAUUGAUCAAUUACACCACCUAGAAGAAACCACACUUACAUCGGAUUUGGCUCAAGGCUACGCAAUGAAGCGUCUCACAGAACUACUGGCGAUGUUCUUGGAAGAUGUACCAGGCGCUCGUCGUGCGUACAAGGGGCGUCUUGUGGGCGCCGUGCUAGGCGGAUACUUGUCUUUACGCCGACUUGUUGUGCAACGCACGCGUCUUAUCGACGAUACCCAGGAGAAGCUGUUAGAGUUACUUGAAGAAAUGACCACUGGUACGGAAACGGAGACUGCUGAAUUUAUGGCAGUAUGCAUCGAGACAGUACAAAAGUAUCCUUUGCACGAUUACCGCACACCCGUGUUUAUCUUUGAGCGACUCUGUUCCAUAAUUUAUCCGGAGGAGAAUGACGUCGGCGAAUUCUUCCUCACGCUUGAAAAGGAUCCACAACAGGAGGACUUUUUGCAGGGUCGUAUGUUGGGCAACCCGUACUCGUCACUAGAACCGGGCAUGGGCCCUCUGAUGCGUGACGUGAAGAACAAAAUCUGCACGGACUGUGAGCUCGUGGCACUGUUGGAAGACGACAAUGGCAUGGAACUUCUUGUCUGUAAUAAGAUCAUGUCCCUCGAUCUGCCGGUCAAAGAAGUUUACAAAAAGGUAUGGUGCACAUCCGGUGAGGGCGUCGACGCUAUGCGGGUAGUAUAUCGUAUGCGUGGUCUUCUGGGAGACGCUACCGAAGAGUUUGUGGAGACUCUCAGCCAGACAAAUGCAGAGACUCUUGAUGACGAACAAGUAUAUCGGAUGGCCAACGUUCUGGCUGAUUGCGGUGGUCUAGAAGUGAUGUUGCAACGCUUGGCAGCGAUCGGCCGAGUAGGUAGCGCACGUGCGCUAGCCGGCACGCUUCUGCGAUUGCUAUCGCUUUGUGCUCGUGUGCGCCGUUGCGUACGUGUACUUACUCAACCCUCGGCGCGUGCUUUACCAGUGCUGUUACACGCGUUGAGUCUGGCCGCAACAGACGAGAAAGAAAUGCAGCGUGCACCGCUCGUAUACCAACUGCUCGAGAUAAUGGAACGCAUCCUAUCUAUUGCUUCAAGUGAAAGCUUGGAAUCGUUCCUGCAGUUCUCACUUACUUUUGGUGGGCCAGAACACGUACAAGCGCUUCUUAAUUCCACUGAAUGUCCAGGUGUUCGGAACAACUCAGUGGCCCUGGGACACCUAACCCGUGUGUUAGCCGCACUAGUGUACGGUAACGAUCUCAAGAUGGCAAUGCUGGUAGACCAUUUCAAGCCGGUAUUGGACUUCGAUCGAUUGGACUCUGAACAGUGGACCGAGGAGGAAUUCCGUAUGGAGCUGUUCUGCGUUCUCUGUGCCAACAUUGAGAGGAAUUCCAUCGGAGGAACACUUAAGGACUAUUUGAUAUCUCUUGGAGUUGUUCGGGACGCAUUGGAUUAUAUUGUAAAACACGCGCCUUGUGUCAAGCCAACGUUAGUGUGUACGGAUUCGGACGAGCUCAAGGAGUUCAUAAGCCGGCCUGCGCUCAAGUACAUACUGCGUUUCCUUACUGGUCUCGCUGCCGAACACGAGCCUACACAGAUGUUGGUAUGUGAGAAAGCGAUACCCAUCGUGCAUCGUUUGGAGCAAGUUUCGUCGGGCGAGCAUGUCGGCUCAUUGGCUGAAAAUUUACUGGAGGCUUUACGAUCUCAGCCGCAAUGUGCCGCGAAAGUGCAACAAGUGCGGGAAUUCACUAGACAGGAAAAGAAACGCUUGGCGAUGGCUGUGCGUGAGCGACAACUUGGCGCGCUGGGUAUGCGCAGCAACGAGCGCGGUCAGGUAACAGCACAGUGCUCGCUCACGCAACAGGUCGCCGACCUGGCUGAGGAGGCCGGCGCGGUUUGCUGCAUCUGUCGCGAGGGAUACAAAUACCAGCCCACAAAGGUUCUUGGCAUUUACACGUUCACGAAACGGUGCCCGGUGGAGGAGUACGAAGUGCGUGCACGCAAGACACUUGGCUACACGACCGUGUCGCACUACAAUAUAGUGCACGUCGAGUGUCACAUGGCCGCCGUAAGACUCGCUAGGGCAAGAGACGAAUGGGAGAGUGCAGCCCUCCAAAACGCGUCGACUCGAUGCAACGGACUUCUACCGUUGUGGGGACCGCAUGUACCGGAAUCUGCUUUCGCUUCAUGUCUCGCGCGACACACUACCUAUUUGCAGGAGUGCACGGGUCACCGCGACAUCGGCCACUCGUGUACGGUUCAUGACUUGAAGCUGCUGUUGAUGAGGUUCGCACGCGAGCGCACCUUCCACGACGACACCGGCGGCGGCGGCCCACUGUCCAACAUGCAACUAGUGCCAGCGCUCGCUCACAUGGCUUUAUAUGUUAUUAACACGACCCGCGUGGCCGCUCGAGAAAUGACCGCGCUGGAGGCCAGCCUGGCUUGGGGAGCGCCGCGUGUAAUGGAGUCUGCACACGACGCCGAAGGACCCCUCUACUUCCUCACGCUAAUGCUGCUUCUAUGUCCACACACCAGAUGGCGCACUGUGCGUUUAGACAUGCUGGUGCGACUUCUCAUCAUCGGCCACGUGCGAGCAGUAGCACCGGUGGGCCCCCCGAUACGUGCGUUGCCGGCGGAGCACCGCGCGAUUCGUCCGUGGGCUGACUACAAGCCGUACGCGUUGUUCGUGGCCCUCAUACACCAGUUGUACACUGUCAUGUUCAAGAACGUGAUGCCGACACCGACCACAGAGCAGCAAUGGCCGAUCAAGCUUGCAGGGUACAUCCGCUACAACGACGAGGCGAACGCUAAAGCCGCCGAGCGUAUUGUCGUUACUCUGUACGACGAACUGCUCCCGUGCGCAUCCUUUGCGGAAUUCUGUGACGCCGCCGGCUUCCUCGAAGACAUCCCGGAACCGGACGCCUUCUUGCAGAACGUUAUCGAGCAGUUACCUUGAGAAAGGCCCUUCGCGCCCUACUGCCUCAGCUACAACGGGUGCAUAGCCUGUUAAAUGGCGUCGAUUAAAUUACAAAAAAAAAUUAUUUGUGAAACCCAUAGAAAUUAUCAAAAUGAACCCAUAGUUUGUAGUUUUAUGAUCUUAUAAUAUCGUCGUUAUCAUGUUAGUCGUCUUAUAAUAAAUGCCAGUUUACUCUCUUGCUUUUCCGCUACGCUUAAGAGUGCGAGCGAGACACAAAUAAAAAUACUUAUAACCGGACGGGUCAUAUGAUGAAGUCGGUAAUGUAAGAUGUUUAAUUAUAAACGUUUUUAGUAGUUAUUCACUUCGUAUUUAAUACGUAUAAUCCACUUGACAUGUUACAAAUUUAUGGCGCUUUUAAAUGUAUCCCGCUUGGUGUUGCUUCAAUAAAUGAUAUUCGCUUCUA